AUGCACCUUAUUGCCGUUACUGUAUCAGAGGCUUCACGAAUACUGGCCGUUCUCUACGAAACAAGAAUAAUUAAGAGACCGGAGGAUAAGUUCGAUAUGGUCGUUUUCCUGUCUGUGGCUGCACGCUUUGCUUCGAUGUGUUCGCUGUUGACGAUGAUUCCGGCGAUGAUCACCGAGCGUUCAUUCGCAUCACGUUUCAUUUCUGAUUACGAGAAACUGCCGAGAUGCUGGAUUUCCUCUCUAAUCAACGGCAUAGCCAUAGUUCUGUUCAUAUCCUACUAUAUCCUAUGCAUGUUAGGUGUACCUAGUCAUGGACAAAAGCAGCAGGCAUGGCCUGAACCCAGAUCAACGGUAUUCGAGUAUCGUGUUUAUCCACUACUCUACUGCAAGCCCGGGCUUCGCCCAUGUAUGUCACCCUUCUUCAUAUUGGUCGUGGUUCUAAUAUCUGUACUUAUUAUGACAUUAUCGUCUGUGACUAUCAUUAUGGUCCAUCGUAAAGACGUGGCCAUCCUACACGACCUUACGAACAAAACAGGCUUGUCAACAGUCACCUACACACUAAGCCUCAAAUUCCAACUUGAGGAAAAUGUUCGAGUGACCAGGCUAGUGAUGUUUCUUUCUAUGGGUUAUUCAGUAUGGGGAUUUAUCGGAUGUGGACUUAAUGGCACAGCGUUUAUAAUUUUUGAUGCGACGGAUCCCCUUGGACAUUUAUUCUAUGCGCUGUUCAACAACUACGCCGCCCUGUAA